CAACAACAAAAUAAAUGCAAAUGCAAAAAAAUCGACAACAUUAUACAUACAAAUAAGAAAAAUCUUGCCAAAAUAAAAAUAAUACAAAUUUUUAAAUAAUGCAAUAGUGCAAGUGCGGGUGCACUGUGUUUCCUGCUGCAUAAUUCAAUAAUUUAUUCGAGGUACCGUGGGCAAAGCUUACGCCUAAGACAUUUACUUACUUAACCCUGAGCCAGCAGUGAAAUAAUGUUACGACAUGUCCUCCCUAUACUUUAAUUUAAAAUAGAAUGCUACCAAUUCUUAGCACUUUAAUGCGUUGCUCGAAGCGAGUACUGCAAACACCGCUAGAGGUGACCAAGAUGCGCAGCUCAGGACACAGCAAGGCACCUGGCGCUGGUGCCUAUGGACCAUUCAUGCCGCCCAGCGAUCUCAGCUGCUCGGGCCGGGGUGAUUGUGUGAACAACACCUGUGUCUGCGACAUACGCUAUGCAGGCGAUGAGUGCGAUUUCUUUAAUCUCCCUUACUAUGCCGGCAUAUCCACAGUCUUCUAUGUGGUGGCUCUUGUCUCGGUCAUACAGUUGCUCAUCUGCAUUGUGGCCGAGUAUCAACGACUGAAGCGACCCUCGAUUUUGCGCGCCUGCCGCAUCACCACACAAAAGUUGCUCUACUUUAUGGUUUUUGUGGCUGCCUCUCUACGUGGAGCCUACUUCACUACUCCGUUGGAUCUGCAGCCACAAUGGGCCAUUACACUCAUGUCCGCCUAUUAUCCCUUACUCAUGACGUGCGCUUCUCUCAUCGUCUGCAUGUGGGCCGAGAUCUUUCAUCUACGCGAUAUACGUUGGGAGCGAUCGCAGUUCCUAUCGAAGAGCUUCCUUGGCUUCGUCGCAUUCAAUUUCUUCCUCUAUAGCUUAUUUGGCAUCGAAGUCUUUAGCUCGCUGAUCAACACAGAACGCCGUGAUUAUGCGCACAUCUUCAACGGUUGCUAUGCCGCCUUGCUCUUAAUAGUGGUCAUCUUCUUUCUCAUCUAUGGCGUGGAAGUGUUCUUCAAACUGCGCGGUGGUUUUGUUUACGAUCAAACGGGCAAAAUAUUGGGACCCAGUGAGGCCAUAGUAAAUGCCUCACAGCUGCAUCAGUCACGAUUCGGGCUGCUCAGUCAGGCCAUAAUGCUAAUUGUAAUUGUUGGAUUCCUUACAUCCGAGACAUUGGGCGACUUUUGGAAGACUAAAGUGCCUGUUAACUCGCGUAAUUGGCACGAUAUUAUAUUUCGCAUAGCUGAAAUCGGCGUAGCACUUUGGUUUCCUUGCUGCCUGUGGAACUGCAUGGCGCCCGAACAAUUAUGGAUCUUGAACCCACGCAAGCUGUUGUCACGUCAAAUUGAUCCAUCAAUACCAACACUCGAUGCGGAUAGCAAUAAGUUAUCACCCGAGGAGGGUCAGACGUUCUUAAGCAAAAAGGAUUGCUGGAUAUGCUAUGAUAGCGACAAGCCCGAACCACUAAUACAGCCCUGUCGCUGCACUGGCGAUGUCAGCUCGGUGCAUCACGAGUGUCUCAAGCGGUGGUUGGUGGAGAGCUGUGGCAGCAAUAAUGAGACACAGCUUGCCUGCAAGGUCUGCGCGCAUCCCUAUGAAAUUGAAAAGUCCAAAAAACUCGAAUGGGACAAGGGUUUCACCAUACAGCACUGGAUGAAAACUGUCAUACUUAUUACGCUCAUGUGCGUCACUGGUGCCACCGCCUGGGCUGUUAUACAAAUGUAUGUGGAUCCCAUGGUGCGCGUCUUGACCGUUGGCGUUGCCGUGCUUAUUGCCUAUGUUUGCGUCAAAUGCUUGGGCGAGAAUACUGUUGUGGCCUAUCAACGUGCCAAGGUUAGCUCCAUCAAUAUAGUCAACACCUCUGCCUCGGAAACGGAAAAGCUGCAUACGAUCUGUGAGGAUGUUAGUGCCAGCACUUCAGCCGCUGCAGCGGCAGCCAGAGCUGGGACCGCCAUUUCCUAAAAUUAACGCUCCAAGCAGUAUUCAGUUCUAUGCCAUAAGUAAACAUCACAAACACACGUUAGCUUAGAGAGAAUGGGAGCUGCACAGAUUAUUUUGCUCAAUGCACUAGAGAAUGUUAGUGAGGAAUAUAUAAAUAUAUAGAGAGAGAUAGAGAGAGCGAGAGUAAGCAGAAACACAAAUCUUCCCUUUAAAUACUGUGUACAUAGGUUUUUAAGUCGUAGUUUUUAAACGAGUCAAUUUUGUCUCUCAAAAGUAAAAAGUAGCAUGCAAUUAUUCCAAUCGCGACAUGUAUUAACGAAACAGCAACAACAACAACAACAACCAAAAAAGCCAAAUAUUAUAUAAUCUAUAUAUACACAUAAAUACAUUUUGUAUUUCAGUAUCAAAUACGAGUACAACACACAAAUUAACAAUGAGAACUUCUUGAGAUUAAAAAUGAAGCGUACACGUUGCCAAUUAUGUAGCUGCAAAGUUUCAAAAUACUUAUUAUUAUGUAGUAAAGUGGCACCAGUCAAUGUCAGUCUAGCUGAACAUGUUUGUAGUUUGUAGUUUACAUACCGAUAUACAUAUAUUUAUAUAUUUCAAUUUAUAUCCUUUAUAGCAUUUCUUUCGAAUUCAUGCAGCACAGCGAAGUUUCUUUAGCGAAUAUUAUUUUAAGCAAACCACUCUCACACACACACACACACACACACACACACACACACAUACACAUGUAUUUCUAGUUUGUAAUUCAUUAUGUAUUCAUUGCGAAUGCCGUUACGUUUACCUUAAUCCCUUACACUUAACGAAAAUCCCUAUUUAUAAACAACUUAUUUAUAUUUAUGUAUGUAUAGUUGAUGAAUUUCAAUUCAAUUCGAUUCGUUUCGAUUCAAAGUAAUACUUUUUCUACACAUUAGUAGUAAAUCACAAAAUA